AUGGCCACUUAUCUGCGGGGAACACGGGUGCAGAGGAGCUCUGGGGUGGAGUACCCACAGUCGGCUUCCUGCUGCUCCUCUCUGCCCUCCCCGUCUAUCCUCCUGCUCAAAAACUGCUGGGUGUAUUUGCGAAAAAGCAGGGGGGGGUGGCAAAAGGACAGGAUAGAUUUAGCAGAGAGGUGUGGAGCGCGCAGCGGGCGAGACUGUUGUGUUUCCGUGGCGCUGGAGUUGUGUGACAAAUUCUGCAAUGAGGAGCAAGUAUUUUACAGCCCGCAGCAAGUCGACCACCCGAAUGUGGACUAUGGCUUCGUCAAGCCUCAGUUUGUAAAAAAGAUCUGUGUGCACUGUAAGUGUCGACGCGAGGAGCAUGCAGUGACAGCCAUGCCUGUAGAGAUGGAGAAGACUGUCACCAAGCUGAUGUAUGAUUUCCAGAGGAACUCCACCUCAGAUGACGAUUCAGGCUGCGCUCUGGAGGAGUACGCCUGGGUGCCUCCAGGACUUAAACCUGAACAGGUACAUCAGUACUACAGCUCCCUGCCUGAGGAUAAGGUGCCCUAUGUGAACAGCCCAGGAGAGAAAUACCGCAUCAAACAGCUGCUCCAUCAGCUCCCGCCCCACGACAAUGAGGUACGCUAUUGUAACGGUCUGGAUGAAGAAGAGAAGCGAGAACUGAAGCUCUUCAGUAACCAAAGGAAACGGGAAAACCUAGGCCGUGGCAACAUUCGUCCCUUCCCUGUGACGAUAACGGGGGCCAUCUGCCAGCAGUGCGGAGGCCAGAUUAAUGGGGGUGACAUCGCCGUGUUUGCAUCCCGGGCGGGUCAUGGCGUGUGUUGGCACCCUGCCUGCUUCGUGUGCAGUAUGUGCAAAGAGCUCCUGGUGGACCUCAUCUAUUUCCACCAGGACGGGAAAAUCUACUGUGGCCGGCACCACGCAGAGAGGCUGAAGCCUCGCUGCACUGCCUGCGAUGAGAUCAUCUUUGCGGAUGAGUGCACUGAGGCAGAGGGCCGGCACUGGCACAUGAAGCACUUCUGCUGUUUCGAGUGCGAGACAGUGCUGGGGGGCCAGCGGUACAUCAUGAAAGAGGGGCGGCCAUACUGUUGCUCCUGCUUCGAGUCCCUCUACGCGGAGUACUGCGACUCCUGCGGGGAGCAUAUCGGCAUUGAUCAAGGCCAGAUGACGUACGACGGGCAGCACUGGCAUGCCACAGAGGGCUGCUUCUGCUGUGCCCGAUGCAAACGCUCGCUGCUGGGCCGACCAUUCCUGCCCAAGCAGGGUCAGAUCUUCUGCUCACGCUCCUGCAGUCUGGGGGAGGAGCCCAACGGCUCUGACUCUUCGGACUCCGCCUUCCAGAGUGCUCGCUCCACCAGAGAGUCCAGACGUAGCUCCAAGACCGCAAAGAGUGGAGGUGGAAUAGGUGGGAUGCAGACUGAGAGGUAUUCGGGGGAGGUGGACCCUCUGUCCGUCCAAAUGGAUCUUCUGAGUCUUUCCAGCCAAACCCCGAGUUUGACCCGUGAGCCUCCGUCCUGGCAAAGCCAGGAGCAAGCAGGUAGCGGUUACGGCUAUGAAUCGCAGUCUGACCCAGCUGCCAGUCCCACUCCUCUCCAGCUCCUCAGCCAGUGUAAUGUACGGAGCGCCUACAACUCCAGCUCCGGACCGAAUAAUCAACAGCACGACCACAGAAUAAAGGAGAAUGGAGCUUUAAAGCGACCCCCAAUCUCAGCCAUGAAGGGCCACUCUCUGAAUGAGACAUGGUUCCAACAGGCACCUCCAGAAGACUACUAUCCACCCAAACUGAGGACCCAAAAGAGCUUCACUGAGAUGUCCCAUUGCUCUCAACACCACAAUGGGUUCUCCUCGGAUAAGCGCUCAAUUAGUCUGCACGGCUUUCAGAGAGACAGAGAUGCAGGGCCCCCAACAGCAGCCCAAGUGGCAAGAAGCAGGAACCCCAUCAAUGCACUUAACUUCACUGAACAGCUGACCCCCCUGGAGCAAACUCCUCGAGGAUCCAUGGAGUCCUUGGCUCUGUCCAAUGCCACAGGUAAUUCGGCAGAUGGUGGAGGGAAGCAUCAGGACCACCUCUCUCGUUUCUCCAUGCCAGAUCUGAGCAAAGACUCUGGAAUGAACGUGUCGGAGAAAAGUAACAUGGACACGCUCAAUUCGUCUGUGCAGUUCCGCAGUUCCGAGUCUAUUCACAGUCUCACCGCUGGCCAGUCCUACAUGGAAAUCAACCCUCCCAGGUCCUCUCAGUACCAGGUGCAGUAUUGUGACCCUCCUGGCAUGGGUGUGGGUAUGGCCAUGGGCCAUUUACCACCUGGCUUCACCUACCAGGAGGAGGACAGGAUUAGUCUGGUGAGCAGUGCCAACGCUGCGCGCCUGCCACCAAUUAGCGAGCGCCGGGUGAGUGGCGUUGGAGGAAGGGCUGCGAGUGUCCGAGCAGAGGCUCCGGACGAGACCCCGCAGAGGCGUCGGCACCACCAUCACCGCGCCCGGAGGUCCCGUCGUUCCCGGUCAGAAAACGCUCUGAAUUUGGUGUCAGAGCGGAGGGUGAGGCCUCAGGAGAGGCCGCAGCUGCGCGUCCGCGAGGAUUACGACCGUUUCCCUCCACCAAGGAGCGCUAGGGACCAGUUCGGAGUCGGGGGAGGGAGAUACCAACCCCAGCUCUUCAGACAGUGCCCCAGGACCACAUCAGACCUGACUCUGCAGAACCCGGGGGCUGGGAGGCGCACCGGCUUGAGCCAGUACUCCUGGGAUGACUAUGAGGAGGACGACUGGUGCUCCACCUGCUCCUCUUCCUCAGAAUCGGAGGACGAGGGUUACUUCCUGGGCGAGCCCAUCCCCAGGCCCAUCCAGCUCCGCUUUCUCAGCAACCAAGAGCUGGCACAUAAGUACAACAACACCGGAAUGGGAGGACCCAACCGCAGCGGACAGUUACACACCCGCAAACGCAGGAAAAGCAAGAACUGCAUUAUCUCUUAACAAGUGGACUGUAAACUACUAAAAGCUCUGCUUGUGUAGGCUAACGUUAUCCAUCUGGAACAAAAUAACAUAUCAGUGUUGAGUGUUGAUUAUCACGUAGUUGAAAGUCGGUGAUGAAUUGCAGUUUGUAGACCGUGAAAAAGAAAAACAGUGUUUGCAUGUUUGUUCAUUUUAAUGUUUUAUUAGACCCUCUCUAGUGUUACAGCUAAUGGUUACAUGUGCACUUCUAUCGAGUCACAACCUUUGUCAGAAGCUAACGUGCAAUUUCUUUGUGUCAUUUCUUAAUUUCCAUGCGGCAUCAAGUGUACGGCUAAUUCUGUUUGGUACAGUUCUACAGUUCUUUCAUACAAUGUGAUUUAGACAUAGGAUAUGGUGUACUAUUGGAUUUAGUUUAUAAUGUGUAAAUAGAUAAAUAAAUUAAUGAUUUCACUUAAGUUAAAGAAGGUUGUGUAAAUACAGUUGUAAAUGAGCCCUCACAUAUUUUUAUAUUUUGUAUGAAUAGAAUCAUUUAUGUAUUAAGAUAUCUAUGAUGUAGAAACAUAACAUAACAACAAAAAAAACUUUAUGCAUGUGUUAUUUGGCUGACCUGGUCCUGCAUUUGGAAUAAAGGGGUAUACCAAUGAGUUUUGGGGUGGACAGCUGGUGUUUCUCCGGAGUGUGGCAACACAUGAGUGGU